CGACGAGAGAUAAAGGAUUUUCAUUGAGCUUUGUUCUCUUUUGUGUUAGUGAGAGAAAGUUCUCUCUGCUUCUCUCUCUUAGACUCAAAACCCUAUUGCGUGCUUUGCAAUCGACCCCGAUUAUGGCCAACAGUAACCUCCCUCGAAGAAUCAUCAAGGAAACGCAGCGUUUGCUCAGUGAGCCAGCACCUGGAAUUAGUGCGUCCCCUUCGGAAGACAAUAUGCGGUAUUUCAAUGUGAUGAUCCUUGGCCCAACUCAGUCGCCUUAUGAAGGGGGAGUUUUCAAGUUGGAAUUAUUUUUGCCAGAAGAAUAUCCAAUGGCUGCUCCAAAGGUUAGGUUUCUGACAAAAAUAUAUCAUCCAAACAUUGAUAAGCUUGGCAGGAUAUGUCUUGACAUUCUGAAAGAUAAGUGGAGUCCUGCCCUUCAGAUUCGCACUGUACUUUUGAGUAUUCAAGCUCUUCUAAGUGCACCAAACCCAGAUGAUCCGCUUUCUGAGAACAUUGCCAAGCAUUGGAAAUCUAAUGAGGCCGAGGCAGUUGAAACGGCCAAGGAAUGGACCCGGUUAUAUGCUAGCGGCGCUUGAUGCUUUGGUGGAAACUUUUGGCUUCAAAUAACUAUAGUGUGGGAGUGUAUGCUAUAUAACUGUCAAAUUGAAAUGGAAAUUUGGAGGAAUUGUCUAAACUAUUUUGGAGUUAAUAUUCCCCGUAGCUUCCGGUUACCUGUUAAUUACUUUCUUUCUCCUGGAAGCAUUAUCUUGGAACUUGUAUGAAAAAUAUGUGAUCUUUUCUGUGACAAAUUUAAACAUGCUUCAUCUCCCAACUCCUGAGUAAUUUGGGAUCCUCAAACUUAAUAGUAAAAAAUUUCGAAUAA